AGCCCACAGCAGAAAGUAGCGAAAACUGGAGAGAGAAAGCAAUUGUUGGACGCAAACCCUCAAAUCUUCCGGAAAGAUUAGAGGAGCGAGGAGAGUAGGGCAUACACACUUUCUCUCUCCUUCCUUCUCUCUCCUCCAUACAAAUUUUCUUCUUCAAAUCGGGUCUAUAUACAAAAGUGCAGAUAAACCUAACCUGUAAUCGAUUCGUUACGGUAUUCAGAAAUGACAAAACCAAGCAAGGUGCGACGGAUAGCUGAUUUCCAUCACCAUGAUUUGCCGUCUUGCCGCUCAAGAAUGUGCAAAAAGCUUCACCAAAAGGAGAAACGGCCAAAAUCAUCAGAGAAGAAAGAAUGGGAAGGGGCAACUUGCUCAGUUUGUAUGGAGCACCCUCACAAUGCAGUGCUGCUGCUGUGCUCAUCUUAUGACAAGGGAUGUCGUCCUUAUAUGUGUGCCACUAGCUGCCGUUUCUCAAAUUGUCUUGAGCAGUACAAGAAAGCGUAUACUAAAGUCACUUCAAUUGAGGGCUCUGAACCAGGGUUGCUGUCAACUGAUGAUCCUUAUUGCUCGUCAGGAGCAGGUUGUUUAGCUGGGGCAACUGUACUUAUAUGCCCACUCUGUCGUGGGCAGGUAAAGGGUUGGACGGUUGUGGAACCUGCACGCAAGCAUCUAAAUGCAAAGAAGAGAACAUGCAUGCAUGAAAAUUGCUCGUUUGUUGGAACGUACAAAAAGCUAAGGAAACAUGUAAGGCGGGAGCAUCCUUCAGCACGCCCCCUAGAAGUAGACCCUUCACUUGCAGAGAAAUGGAAGAAGCUUGAGCAUGAGAGAGAGUUGAACGAUGUGUUUAGCACAAUCAGGUCUGCCAUGCCUGGGGCAAUUGUAAUGGGAGAUUAUGUAAUAGAUGGUAAUUUUGGAGGGCUCCACAGGAAUUUUGGAUUGGAUAACCAUCUCGAUGAGACUGUUUUAAGGUCAGACCCUCUUAGUGAUCUGUGGAAUGAUAAUGUCCACCCAGAUGAACUUUUCGAUGAUCGGUAUCAUUCAUUUGAUCAGGAUGAUUUUUUUGUCCAUCAUUCUGGCACUGAGGCUGCAUCUAAUGUUUUCAACAGAAUCUCUCGACUUCACAGUAGGCUCUUAUUGGGAAGAUCAAGGAGGCGGCAACGACAUCGAGCAAGUAGCAGAAUUCGGUGAUUUAUCAGGAAAAAAGGUUUUCAAGAGUGGUUGGGAUGCUGAGACAUGUUUGUUUGACUAUGAUUUUCUUCGUCCUAACCCAGAAAAAUAUGUGAGACAUCCAUGUUGCAGAUCCUAACCCUGGUUACUGCGAGGAUUGAUGGCACUGCUUACAGCAAUUUGGAGUUCCUGUAGUUGCCUGUAAAUAGGAACCUGAUUGCAUAGUAAAGUAAAUUCAACCCUCCUCCUUGCUCCUAGGUACUUUAAUUUCAUGAACUAGGCAAUAGUUUCAUAACUCAGGUAAUAUUAAAGAUUUUUUCUCUCAUUGGAUAUAUUCAUAUCCUUGAGGAAAAGAAGGUUGCAACAUUUGUGCAUGGGGUUAAUUUUAUUAACUAUGAACUAGUACUUCUUGUAUUGCCUUUGGUUUGCGCGUUGGAUGAUUCGUGUAAUAAGCUUAUUUGAGAGUAUCGGUCCUUGUGUUUUUUA